CGACACUGAGGCGGAAGCCGGAAGAAAAACAACAACCAGUUUGUUUCAUAUUCUGAGCUUCUUCUUUUUUUAAAGAGCACUACUAUAUACAAUGGACGUGGUGUUUUCUUCUCUCUCAGGAGACCAAACUCCCAGGGUCCUCUGGGCCCAAAGGUAUCCAUGGAGACCAAGUAAUGCAGACCCUGAGGGGGGUGAAGCAGGAGGACUGUGGGCCCCUAACAACAUACCUGAGUUUUGCUCAUGUGAAAACAGAAGAAGAGGAGGAAGAGAUAUGGGGUGUGGCUCACCCAAGUACAGGGUUGUUCAACGUCAAGAAGGAGGAAGAGGAAGAAGCCAUAAUAUAUCCUAAUGACAACCCAAGCCCUACUUCUGACAUUACCAGCCACAGUUCUGAUGACUCCAGCCCUGACAAUGGCCCUAGAGCCACCCCUGACAAUGGCCCUAGAGCCACCCCUGACAAUGGCCCUAGAGCCACCCCUGACAAGAACAACCCCCACCAUAACAACGACCACAGGUCUGGCCCUGCCGGUGGAGGGGCAUCGGACAAGGACCCUGCAUCCAGAGAGGAAGAGGAGAGGAGCCCCCAGAUCUCAGCAAACCCAGGGACUAAGCCCAACAAGACCAAAGGCGGUCAUCAGAGGCCGUUCCCCUGCUCUAGGUGUGGGAAGCGUUUAUCCACCACUGUUAGCUUAGACAAACACCAGGUCAUCCACACCCGACUGAGACCGUACCCCUGCUCCGUACCGGCCUGCGCCAAGAGGUUCUGCUCACCAGCCGAGCUGAAGAGACACACACUCACACACACAGGAGAGAGACCCUUCCCCUGUCCAGACUGUGACAAGAGCUUCACCAUACUGGCUGCUUUAAAGACCCACCAGAGAACACACACAGGAGAGAGACCUUACGUCUGUGAGGGCUUCGCCCAAACGGGGAACCUGAAAUCCCACGAGCGCAGGCACACCGGAGAGAGACCGUUCUCCUGCUCCUUCUGUGGGAAGACCUUUGUAGAGUCUGGCCAUCUGAAGAAGCACCAGCGUAUCCAUACAGGAGAGAAGCCGUACCACUGCAGCAGCUGCCCCAUGAAGUUCCCUUCCUCCAGCGAGCUCAGGGUCCAUGAGAAGAUCCACAGCCAGGAGAAGCCUCACAGCUGUUCCUACUGCGACAAGGCAUUCAAACAGCUGUCCAACCUCAAGCUCCACCAGAGAAUACACUCUGACCAGAAGCCUUACGCCUGCUCCUACUGUGACAAGACCUUCCGUGCUCAGGGGACCUUAAAGGUGCACCUGAGGACUCACACAGGAGAGAGGCCUUACCCCUGCUCCGACUGUGACAAGACCUUCAUCACGUCCUCGGAGUUGAAGGUGCACCAGAGGAUUCACACGGGAGAGAAGCCCUUCUACUGCUACGACUGUGGGAAGAGUUACUAUCAGCUGAAGCAGCUGAAGGAACAUAUGAAGUUCAACCCGGACCACAGCACCACACGUAGCGGACUCAGUAACAUAGAGGACGAGGACAAGCUCUACUCUACGUCACGUGAUGAUGUAACGAUGUCUUGAUUUAUUUUUUAUUUUAGUUGGCUAGAAACAGACAUGACAUUUUAUUUAAUUGUUUUAUUUUAUUUAACUAGGCAAGUCAGUUAAGAACACAUUUUUAUUUAUAAUGACGGCCCACCCCGGCCAAACCUGGACGACGCUGGGCCAAUUGUGCGCCGCACUAUGGGACUCCCAGUCACGGCCGGAUGUGAUACAGCCUGGAUUCAAACCAGGGACUGUAGUGACGCCUCUUGCACUGAAAUGCAGUGCCUUAGACCGCUGUGCCACUCAGAAGCCCCCUCAAAAAAAAAAAAAAAUAUAUAUAUAUAUUUAUCAUCCUCGGGGAUGCCACAUCAUUGGAAAGAGAGACAGAACAUUACUUUGCUAGCACUCUACUCGUUCAGUGAUGACAUCACAGUGGUGAUGUCAACAUGUCUAUUAGAAUGUUCUGUCGUUGUACUGAGCAGACACAAGGUCAACGCUCUGUUUAAGACGUCGACAAAAUGGUCAUUUUGAUUAAAUGUUGUUGUUUUUUAGGACAUUUUUUAGGUUGUUUAGAAACUGACAUUACAUGAAAGACACAUUUUACUACGUUUCCAUUACAUUUUUUAGGUUGUUUAGAAACUGACAUUACAUGAAAGACACAUUUUACUACGUUUCCAUUACAUUUUUUAGGUUGUUUAGAAACUGACAUUACAUGAAAGACACAUUUUACUACGUUUCCAUUACAUUUUUUUAUGUGUGUGAAGUCAUACUGUAUAAACCCAAAAAAUAAUGACAGCUGUUUAAUUUUUGAUACAAUUUUAUAAAUGCCGACAGAUAAUUUGUGCGUCGACAUGAUGGGAUCUUUUUGUGUCGGUCAAAUUAUUUAUGCGAGAAAUGGCGCUGGAAACGCCUUAUGUGCAAAUAUUGAUAUAAUUAAUACCCAUCAGAUCGAAGUAAAUUUGGAGUCACACACGCGAUGACGUGUUGUGUGGUCCUCCCCUACGACUCGUCGGGAAAGCAAGCAGUUUAUUAGGCUACAGAUGAAAUACGUAGAAAUCAUGAACUUCACAGGGUGGUGAAAGCGCACGGUGAUCUUGAUGCUCCUUUCCAAUAAAUGUCGAGGGUCUUAUUCUGGUGA